AUGCCAGACUAUCUUGGAGAUGAUCAACGCAAACAGAAGAAGGAUCCCACUAAAGAGGAGGAGGAGAAGACUUUUCAAGGUAAUUUUUGUCUUUUUUUCUCUGGUUUUAGGGUCUAUCUUCUAAAAUAAGCUAAAAAUUAGCCGUAAAUGUAAUCAACAGCUUAAUGAAUGUGUUGCAGCGCUCGAUGAGGGAGAUAUUGCCAUUCUGAAGCGAUAUGGACAAGGACCGUAUGCGGAGCAAUUGAAAAAUCUCGAAAAUGACAUUGAAAGUUGUCUGAAGCGGGUCAACGAACUUUGCGGUGUGAAGGAGAGUGAUACGGGUUUGGCUCCCCCCGCUUUGUGGGAUAUUGCCGCCGACAAGCAGGCUAUGCAACAGGAGCAGCCUUUGCAAGUGGCUCGUUGUACGAAGAUCAUCACGGGCGAGGGACAUGAUCCGAGGUAUCUGAUCAAUGUAAAGCAAUUUGCCAAGUUCGUUGUGGAUUUGGCCGACACCGUCGCACCCACCGACAUUGAGGAGGGCAUGAGAGUUGGUGUGGACAGGAAUAAGUAUCAGGUAAGUGCGAUUUUACUUGUCUUUUUGGUGGUUUAUGUUAUUUUAGAUAUCAAAAUUAGAAAAAUGUUUGGAUUUGGUAAAUUAAGGGUUGAAUGUCGCCAAUUUUUGUCUUAUUUGACGAAUUAUAGAUCCAUCUUCCUCUGCCAACCAAAAUCGAUCCCACUGUCACGAUGAUGCAGGUCGAGGAGAAGCCGGAUGUCACUUAUGCCGAUAUUGGUGGAUGUAAAGAGCAGAUUGAGAAGCUCAGAGAGGUUGUUGAGACUCCGCUGUUGCAUGUAAGUCUUUUAUAUUUGUUUUUCCAAUUUUAGAAAGCAAAAAGACGUCUUUCAUGAGAUCAAAUUGGAUUGAAAUUUCGAUUCUGACCAAGCAACCUAGUACAAUAUUAGAUAUUCCCAUUUUAACCCGAUUCUUUUAGCCCGAGCGCUUCGUCAACCUGGGAAUUGAGCCUCCGAAGGGUGUGUUGCUCUAUGGUCCUCCUGGUACCGGUAAAACUCUCUGCGCCAGAGCCGUCGCCAACCGAACCGACGCCUGUUUCAUCCGUGUGAUUGGCUCGGAAUUGGUCCAAAAAUACGUGGGAGAAGGUGCACGAAUGGUGCGAGAGCUCUUUGAAAUGGCCAGAACAAAGAAGGCAUGCCUCAUUUUCUUCGACGAAAUUGAUGCGGUUGGAGGCGCGAGAUUCGACGAUGGAAUGGGCGGAGACAACGAAGUGCAGAGGACUAUGUUGGAGUUGAUCAACCAGUUGGAUGGGUUCGAUCCCCGAGGAAAUAUCAAAGUCUUGAUGGCCACAAACAGACCCGAUACGCUGGAUCCGGCGCUUGUCCGACCGGGCCGUCUCGACCGCAAAAUCGAGUUCGCUUUACCAGACUUGGAGGGUCGCGCCCACAUCUUCAAAAUCCACGCCAAACAGAUGAGCGUCGAACGCGAUAUUCGAUACGAUCUCCUCGCCAGACUGUGUCCAAACUCCACCGGAGCCGAAAUACGUUCGGUCUGCACCGAAGCCGGCAUGUUCGCCAUCCGCGCGCGCAGAAAAAUGGCCACCGAAAAGGACUUCCUCGAAGCCAUCAACAAAGUCAUCAAGGUCUAUGCGAAAUUCUCCGCCACCCCCAGAUACCUAACCCACAACUAA